AUGGAGAAUACUUCAGUGUCGAAUUCCACCUCAAUCUUUGAAAACACAGACUCGGAUUCAGGCCUGUCUGACACGGCUGGAAACAUAUUUUGGUUAUUUGUACAGAGCGUCAUUUUCUUAUUCGGCGUGCCUGGUAACUGCCUAAUACUCAGUGUCUACUGGACAAAGACUUUGAAGACCAGUACCCAUGUUCUGAUCAUGUCCUUAGCCUGGGCCGAUCUGGUCGCCUGCUUGCUGGCUGUGCAUCGUAUUUAUGGUAAGGUUGCUGAAAUGGCUAGAUAUGAGGUUCCAGUGUUCUCAUUUAUUAUCCACGCUUUUGAUUCAACAGCCAUCGGUACGUCGGUUAUGUUGUCUUCUGUGAUCGCAGCGGACUGCUACGACUGCAUAUGCCGGCCACACCGCCGCUUCUUCACCCACAAACGCGGCAAGAUAGCAGCUUGGGCAGCAUUUGUAUUCUCACUGGUCAUCAAUAUUCCUGCCUUCAUCCCCGGAACCCUUGCUAGUGGGCAGUCGUUGGAACUUUCGACAAAGGCAUUCCAAGUCAUUUGCUUCGUCGUGGCGCUCGUGAUGAUCGCCCUGUGUUACUGCAAAGUCUACACAGCCAUCAAGAAACACACCAAAGUCGACAUCAAAAGUACCACUAGAAAUUGCAGCGUCUCUCGAUUAGCCGACGAAUGCUCGACAAGGCCACAUGACUCCGUAUUGAAAAAUGUCAAACCGAACAUUCCUGCCGUCACCUCCGUGUCGACGUUCAUCUAUAAACCAUGCUCGAGUGCAGCAGCUGAUGCCAGCAGAAUCGUAGAAAGCAAGGGAGUGCCAAACCACAAAUUCGACGAAUCGACCUUUGACGAAAGCGGGAAAAGAUGGGCCAGUCACCCACAAGCGACUUUGACCACACAUGAACUUGCAUCAAAGGAUACACAAUCUCGUGUUGAGAAGAAUGACAGUUAUCCUCGCCAACACCAAGGUAAUGCUGGACGCGCACAACCAAAGGCAGAUGCAGCAGUUUUACAGCGUAAGACAACCAGGAUGCUCUUCAUCACCAGCGUUGUGUUUCUCCUGACCUGGCUUCCCUACUGGAUCCGUGUUGCGGCUGUGUUUGCUUCCUACAACGACUCAGUGUUGCAUUUGAUCCUCCGGCAGCUCUCCGUAACUCUUUACGUCAACAACGCAGUGAAUCUGCUGAUUUACGGACUUGCCAACAGACGGUUCCGGAAAGACUGCAAGGCAGUUCUCAGUAAGAUUAGGCUCUGUUAA